CAUCGAUCAACACUCCUUAAUAAUGGCCACCACUGAACCUCUCACCAGCGCUUUUGUCAAAGAUUUACUAGUAGACCCGAAAACCCGCGAUGUCCACGAUCUAAUUCACAAAGUAGUGGCUGUGGGCUCAAGGACCACCGAGAAAGCUCAAGAAUUUAUUAACACAAACGCCGGGGGUGCCUCGUCGAUCAAAGCGUAUGGAUCCUAUGAAGAGGUUUACGCUGAUAAGGACGUUGAUGCUGUUUACAUUGGAACACCCCAUACUUAUCACUACCUGAACGCCCUCGACGCUAUCAAAGCUGGUAAACACGUUCUAUGCGAGAAGCCUGUUACUAGUAAUGGUCAUGAACUUCGGGCCCUUCUAUCCGCUGCAGAUGACCAGGGCGUUUUCUUCAUGGAGGCAGUUUGGACGAGAUUCCAGCCUCUCAGCUUGGAGGUCAAGAAGCUCAUCGACGGUGGAACUCUAGGACCUCCGGUAGUACUCCAGGCUGAUCUGUCUGGAAACUUUAAUAUCCAAAACAUUCCUAAGACACAUCGCAUACUGGACCCUGCUUUGGGAGGAGGCGCUUUGCUUGACCUCGGGCCUUAUCCCCUUGUCUGGGCAAUCAUGGCGUUAUAUGAGCAUCACGACAAUAAACUAUCAGUCCCAUCUGUUUCUGCAUCUAUGCUCAAGACGCCCCUGACUGGUGUAGAUUCGAAUACAUCAUUCACGCUUACCUUUGAUGCAGCUAACCUUCGCGCUCAAGCCGUGCUUAGCUGCAGUAUUAACCUGAGUCCCAUCAAUCCUGGCGUUACCAUCCGUUUCGAACGAGGUAUCAUCAAGAUAUCUCCUCCGAUUUAUUGUCCGAAAGAAUACACUGUGGAGUAUUUCGAUGACAAAGGAUCAUUACCCAUUCAUGGCCUAUGUCAAGUGGGAUGGCAUUUCGAGGCCGAUGAGGUUGCUAGGUGUGUUCGAGAUGGCAAGAAUCAAAGUUCGCUUUGGGGUCACAAUAAGAGCUUGUUGGAAAUGGGUAUCUUUGACGAGGAGGAUACAAGAUUCCCUCCGGGAGUUGAAAAGGUCGUUGAGUGAAGUACAGGACCAUCUCUAGCUCUCGUCGUUGAAUGGACGCUAAAUGUAUGAUUAUGGAUAAGAAAUACACAAUUUCGUAAGGAUUUCUGAA